AUGCAGUCCUUCUAUGGGAACUUCCAAGCUGAGCCGCUGGGAGGUUUCAGCAGUGGGGGCAGCCGCAGCAGCAGCUGUCCACCGGCAAAGGUCGCGCCUUCAGGAAGGAAUGUGUCAUUCUACAAUGACAGCUUCUGGCAAAAGCCGCGCUUUGCACCACCACCAAUCUUCGUCUGCGUUGGUGGACGGUCAGAGUCUGCCCUCAUAAUGGACAAACGGCUGCGCAGCGCAGAGACGAUUUCAGAUUUGAUGAGUCUAGUCAGCGCCUCUCUGACCUCUUUUGAUGUGGGGAAUCUGGUGAUCGCUCUCAGCGCCGGAGCAAGAAUCGCUGAUGAGCGCGUCGUGCCAACGCUCCGGUUCGGCUAUCCGGCGUGGAACCAGCUGCUGGCAAAAGUGCUGGAGUGCAGUCACUGCUUGGAGCCUAGAGGACUGGCUAUGGUGGCCCAUUCUGCCGCGAAACUGGGAUGGCGGGAUGCGGCGUUGAAGCUGUCAUCCUGCGCUAGUGCAAAGUCCAAGGAGCUGAAUACUACUGACUUGGCAAAGAUUUGUUGGGCCAUGUCCAAACUGGGCUGUGAGCUGCCAGAUUUUUGGGGAGCCAUGGAGGAUGCUGUGAUCGACAAGAUCGCCAGCGCCAAGUCGGUCGACCUAUCGAUGAUCGCUUGGGCUUUCGGCCAUGCCGAGAAAGGAGGCAGAGCGAUCAACGACGUUGCUCGAGCCGCCAUUGGUCUUUUGGACGAAUUGACACCUCAGUGCUUGGCAAACACUGCUUGGGCAGCCGCAAGGCUGGAAGCGCCGAACACCGAGCUUUGCCGUGCAAUCGUCCGAAAGUCUCUCAGCACUGUGGGGGAGUUUGCUGACUUUGAUGUGACACAUCUUUGUUGGGCGCUGGCAAAGCUAGACGCAGUGGACACCGAGCUUUUCGACCGGCUUGCCGAUCACACAGUUAGCUCUGGAUUCAUUCGGCGAUUCAGCUCCCAGAUGGCCUCGCAGCUGGCUUGGGCCUUCGCAGUGGGAAGAGUGCGACACCCGGCUCUCUUUGAUGAGCUCGCCGCGUAUGUCGCCAAGCAUGCUCACGUUCUGGAGCCCCGGUACCUUGCAAGCUGUGCUUGGGCAUUUGCCUCCGUAAGUCUAUGCCACCCGAGCCUGGUGCAGGCGUUGAUGAGUGUGUCCAAGGGCGGCAAGCUGUGGAGCUUUCAGCCCUCGGAGUUCUGCGCCCUGUCCUGGGCAUUUGCCAAGCUGGGGGUCAAAGAUGAGGAGGUGCUUUCAGACCUCCUGCAGGUGGCACUGAAGCGUUUGCCCGAGCUGGACAGGUUGGGUGUGGUGAACCUGCUGGCAUCCUUGGUGGCCUCCUGCACGCGGGUUUCCGCCGGCAAGGACUGGACACUGAAGCAGAGGCUGCAACAGUCUGACCCCCACAACCACCUCACGCAGAUAUUGGACGCGAUGCUGCACUACUUUCUGGCUCAUCGCCAAGAAAUGAAUCCAGCACAAUUGGCGAGCAUUUGCCAAUCCUUCUGUCGGGCCGAUCGUUUGCAGGAUGCGUACAGCCUGGUGCAGGGAACGCGGGAGGUGCGGAUCUUGGCAAUUCUUACCGCGGCAGCAGAACGCUGCCACGACGCUUUGAGUGCUCAGCUCUGGGGCCAACUGGCAGACGCAGCGCCGAACUUGCCGCUGCGAGCAGCUUGCCUCUUCUGUGCCUCAGAUAUGGCGCAGCAGCUUCACAGCUUGGGAUUGCCGUACUCCAAACUCAUAGAGCCAGGCCUGGGCCAAAGCACGCCCAUGGAGGACUUGCAGGACUUGGAGGAGUUUGAGGAGUCGGAGCUGGCAGGAUUGUUGGUCGCUGUUCUGAGUUCCGAGGACUUCGGCAAUCCUGCUGAGAUUCUGAAGGAGGUGGAAACCUUUGGAUCGAGGUGCAGAUUCAUCGAAGCCAGCCUGGGAAGCCGGGCCACAGUUCUGGAUGAGCUCACCGCGCGAUUGCCCCACCUUUUGGUGGACAUUCGCAGCGGUUGCGGCAGCUCUGCUGCUCGGUUGGCUGCAAGGGUGCAGGAAUAUGGUGGUCAGGUGGUUUCCAUGGAGGAGAGUCCAUUCCGUGUGGCCGUGGCCCGCUGCCUUGCAGAAGUGGCUGGCAUCGCCGGUUCUUGGCAAUGCGUGCUCGGAGAUGCCGAGGAUGCGCUUCCCGAGCUUUUGGCCACAAGCGGCUGCAGCUCCAUUGACGUCUUGCUACUCCAUGGCGGAAGUGAAGAACAUUAUCUCAAUGAACUGAGAAGAGUCGAAGAGCUUGGGCUGUUCACCUCCGGUUGCGUGUUGGCAGAUCACAUGCUGUAUGGGUCUCCACGAUUUCUGCAGGAGAUGUCGUCAUCGCGCAAAUACCGCCUUGAGCUCGUUGAGGUAGCGAGCGCGACAGGCGAAGACUGGAUGGCCUUGUGCGCAGUGCAGGCAAUUUUGGAAGAUUGCGAACCUGAAAGCGUGGCUCCACUUGGCUUGGCCUCUUUGACUGCGGAGGCCGAGGAGGCUUGGAAGUCGGGUCCGACGUCAAGCUUCAAAGAGAAGAUGCGAAGCUUCGUCCAGGGCCUGGGCCUGAUGCCUUCGCCGCGCUUUGCUGAGACUACCCCACUGCCCUCAAAAGCCAAAGCGCCAAGGCAAAAUGGGGAAUUGUCUGUGUCUCUGGCAGACAAGAAGCAGCCCGUGCCCGUGCACGAGCCAAGUACGGAAGCAAAAUCAGCCGUGGCCCAGGAGUACCUGCGCGCUUUGGAUCUCAAGCGCUGGCUUUCUUCUGUAGAUCCGUCUGGCGGAUGUCUUGACUACGCAGCCGCUGUGCAGAAGAGUGGAUCCCUUGACCAGAUUCUCCAAGCGUACCUAGAGAGAAGUGCUGGCGAUGUAUGCCGAAUAAAGCAGGAUUUCUUCCAUGACCACAACAUCCGUGCAGAGCACCGCUUUCGAUUUGAGCGCUGGUUCAAGGAAACUUAUGAUGCAGAACCGGAUCAGGACUCUAGCGAGGCAACCGCAGACCUUCAGAUCACAAACGGUGGCUUCCAGAAACCGUCUGCGGAAGGUUUGCUUGAGGAGGAGCCCAUGGAUUUGAAGCAAUUAUCCUUCGCGGAAUGGCUGGUCAGCAUGGAUCCGUCAGAGGGGCUGCAUCAGUAUUUGGCAUGCAUUGAAGAGAGCUACGAUACCGUGUCACAGAUCGCUGCCACCUACACUGCGAAGAAUGGACACGACAAGCUUCUGGAUCCCCAGCUUUUUGUGGACUUCGGGAUAGUGAAUCCAGACCACCAGAACAAGUUUCACAACUGGUUCAUCCAACAUUGCGGUUUGCAAGAUGUGCAAAGGCAUGAGCCUGAAGAUGAGCUGAAACGAACGCACGAGGAAAACAUGCUCUCCAAAGAGCCAGACGAGGCUGUGGACGAGCCGCAGGAGAUGCCAACCAAGGAUCCAAUUGAGGUGCCCAUGGAAGAGCCGAAUGAAAUUCCUAGCAAAGUGCCAAAUCAAGAGCACAGGGAGGUGCAGGAGCCAAAAGCGAUGCACAGUGAAGAGCUGAAUGAAGAGACACAGGACAAGUCAAACGAAGAGUUACCGGAGAAGCCAAGUGAAGAGCACCAGGAGGAACCGAAGCAGCGAACGGAGGUCCACAGCGAAGUGCCAAAUGAAGAGCUGGAACAGGAGUCCAAGAAGGCAACCGAACCUAAAGCGCAGGCAGAUCCAAGCAACGAGCCCGAUGACUUGGUGCCUACUGACCCAAAUGAAGAGGUUGCGCAACUUCGCCAGGGGUCCGGAGCGUCUGGAGGCAUGUUUGACUUCGACGAGCUCGAGGAAGUGGUGGAUGGCGACGCAGGUGCUGGCUUUACAGCGUCCGACGUGGGAGGGGAACAGCAAGGUCCAAGUGGCACCGAGGUAGCGGCAAAGACCUGCGAACAAAAUGGGUGUGAAACGGUUCUUGACAUGGAUCACGAGCUUGGCGAAGCUGACCAGGAUGGUCAAGCUGCCGAAGAGCAUGGAAAGUAUGCGGGGGGCGGUUCCGAAGACCUGCAUGCUGACAAGCAUGAGGAUGCGGUGGGCACAGCGCCUUCCGGAGGUCUCAUUGGCUAUGCCACAUGCGCUUCUGUAUUGGGCCAACGGCAGGCCGGGCUCAGUGGCCACGGCCUUGCUGCUGUGGCCUUGUUCCCGCCUCAGAUCAAAGUGGGAAGGUUUCUGUCAUUGGCGGAGCUGCUGGAGGUGCGAGCAAGCAAUCGCGAGGCCGUUCAGCUUGUGAUGCAGCGCUCUGCAGAUGGCCAUGCGGAGCAACUGUGCCGCGUUCAUGACCGAAUACGAACGCGACUUUGGAUGCAGCGCAUCGAAGAUGUCACGGCGGGCACCAAGGAUGAAAGCGUCUUUGAAACCCGCUUGCGGCGUCUGGCGGACGAGGCCCUGCGAACGCGCAUGGAGACUGAGAUGAAGGACGCGCUGCUGCAGAUGGAAGAGCAGGUUCGCACCUUCCAGGGUGUGGUGGACCGCAGGCUGCAGGAGCGGCUCUCGGCUCGCACGCUGGGCAUUUCUGCGAUUUGGAGCUCGUCUCCGGCCAAGUUUAUGGGCAGCUGCUCAUCCAAGGGUGUUUCUUGGCGACUGAAGCUGGAUGAUGUCAAGCAAAGGAUAACGAUGAAAAAGCCCUGGAGGCGGCCGUAUGCGAGCGGCAAGCCUCCAGACAUCAACGAACUCCGCCGAACUGUCAAUGACCUCGAACAAUGCCAUGGUUGGUAUGACAGUGAGGGGACUGAUCGCGAGUCCCUUGGCAUCAUCCAAAAUCUGGCGAACGCCAUGGUGGAGGAACUUCACAGCUUGAUGGAUGUACGCCUGGUGCGAGACCAUAGGCAAGACUUGCAGCAAAUGGUGGGCCUCAGCAAGCAGCUGAACAACUUCAGGGCAAACAAAUCGGACAUUGUCCAACAGAAGUUCAAGGCAAUCGUGACGCAAGUCCUUCGAGAUAAACUACAAGCCACCGAUAAACUGAUGUCCGGCAUCGACGCAGAUGGCUUGUUGCAGCUCUGCAAACGAGUCGUACCGAACUUGCAGCAAGCGGCGGACCUCGUUUCGCAGGUUCCCGAGAUGGAGGCAGAGUACAUCAAGUGCUGCAAGGGAUUCUGCGAGGUGGUUCUCACCUUGCUGCCCGCAGCUUUGGUGGAUCGCGCAAGGGACAUGGACGAGAUUUCAGAGCUGGCGUCCAAAGCAGAUAGCACGCUCCGGCCGCCCGUCCCUCGCAGCAAGGCUUGGGAGCCGCUGGCCCCCAGGGUCAAGGAGAUGCGUGAAGCCGUGGCGCUGAGCAUCGCUUCCUCCAAGUUGGAGCAGCUGCAGGCCGUGGUCGCGGAGGAUGUGGACCUCUCUCGAGCUGGCACUCUUCUCGACGACUUCAUGCACUUGUGCAGAAAUCCAGAUGAGGAGCAGAAAGCCAAGCUGAGGGGCUGCAUGACCAAGCUGGUGGAGACCGUUCAGAGUGCCUUCGAUCAGGCUAUCGAUUGCGGUGACCCGGCUGGCAUGCAGAGGUUGCUGGUUUGCGCCAAGGAUCUUGAUGAGCACGAGAAGAAACUCUUUGGAGCACAUGCCGCAGCACCCAUAGCCCGCAGUCUGGAGCAGAGAAAGGCUGGGGUGACCUUGACCUCGCUCUUGGGCAAUGCGGAGCGCAAGGUGAGCAAGCAGACUCAGGAGCUGCACCAACUCUACGAGGACACGGAGGCUUCCUUCAAGAGGAUGGACCCCGAAAAGCUGGCGACUCCGGCGACCAACCCUCGAUGGCGCUUCAGACUGGGCAAUGGCAAGUUCCGGGACUACUCUGAGGAGAAGAGCCAGGAGGUGGAGGCACUCUACCAAGCUUGGUGCAAGAAGGGGAAGCCAACCAACAAGGAGGAGUGUCGGCAGGAGAUCACCAUCCAGGUGGUGCACCCUCCAUGA